AUGGGACGAUACUCGGGAAGGAGCAGCAGGCUCAUCUUAAUGUGUGUUGUGAGCCUGCUACUCUUUAUUGUGGAGAUAUCAGUAGCAUACAUUGGUAACUCCCUGGCUCUAGCUUCAGAUGCUUUUGCUGUCCUUUCUCACUUCAUCUCCAUGAUCAUAGGGUUGCUCGGUGUCCGAUUCAGUCAUGUCAGAUGGCACAAAAGGAGCACUUUUGGCUUUUCCCGGGCAGAUGUAUUGGGUGCCUUUGGCAAUUCUGUCUUUGCUACUGCACUGAUGGUCAGCAUCUUUAUUGAAGCCAUUAAGAGGUAUCUGAAUCCACAAAAGACCAAAGAACCACUGUUUGUCCUCAUUGUAGGAAUUGCCGGUCUCUUCUUCAACAUGUUCAGUUAUGUUAUCUUCAUGGACUGUUGUUAUUGUCAAGUAUCCAUUGCCCAAGAGGACAUUGAGACAGGUGAUUCAGUGAGCAACGAGAAAGAGAUUGAGGAGGGGGAGACAAAGAAAAAAGAGAAAAAGUCUGCAGCCCUGAACAUCAGAGGUGUUCUUUUACAUGUUAUGGGAGAUGCACUUGGAUCGGUGGUUGUGGUAGUUACUGCUACCAUAUUUUAUGUGCUUCCCCUGGAUGCUAACGCUCCAUGUAACUGGCAGUGUUACAUUGAUCCAAGCCUGACAGUCGUCAUGGUGUUCAUCGUUUUGUCAUCUGCCUUCCCACUUAUCAAAGAGACCUCCACUAUUUUGCUGCAGAUGGUUCCCAAAGGUGUUAAUAUGCAAGUCCUUACAAACAAGUUAGCUGAUGUGCCAGGGGUUAGCAGCCUUCAUGAGGUGCAUGUCUGGGAACUUGCAGGUGGGAAGAAUGUUGCUACCCUUCACGUCAAGUGCCAAGCCCCUUCUGAUUACCAGGAUGCUUCUUAUAACAUACGGAAGGUUUUUCAUGAAGCAGGGAUCCAUUCUGUGACCAUCCAACCAGAAUACAUUGGCCACAAGAGCUCUGAGCUAAUGUGCAGCUCACCCUGUAUCUCUAAAGCUUGUGCUUCUCAGCUAUGUUGCAUACAGCAGGAAACAACGCUUACCCAUGCUAAUGGGAGUGUUGAGAAAAAUGACGGUCUUCCCCCAGCACUAUCUGAAGACAAUAGUUUUAAUAAAAAUGAUGUAGAAAUUUCUAUUGGGUCUACAUUAGCAGAUGAGAGCAUUAACAAUAUGAAAAAUUGUAACAAAUCAGGAGAUGAUACAUCAAUCAUAAGUAGUACACGAUUUUAAACAGUUUGUUUUAUACUUGGUAAUCUCUUUAUAGAACAAAGUCUCAUGGCUGAAAUGUAAGCGGCCAUUGGUUGUAACUGAAGUCUAUGUUGGAAAAGCUGUCUGUGCUGUAGCUGUAAACCAAAACAUGUAAAAACCAUGCGUCUGAAAUGAAGAUUUAUCUUCAUGAAGACUUUUGCAUUCACCUAAGAUUGUUCUAAAGCAAUGUAACAGUGAUUCCUUGACCUAACUAGAUGGGAAUUUGUAUUUUUAGUGUGUAUCAGUUGUUUUGCAGUCUAGGUUGGUGCUUACAGUUUAUGACCAAUGGCACUGGGAUUUAAACUCUGGUCUCUUUACAUAAUUGGGCUGCUCACUGAAAACUUUCUAGUGAGUCGAUGAUUGUACUAGACUGAAGCACUGCAUCUUCAUAAAGGAAUUUAAUAUAUAUAUUUUCACUAGUUCGCAGAACUCUGUUUACAUAGUCAGGAUUUCUCAGCUGUAACAGUAACUUUUGUGCUUUUGAACUAUGGACCUGUGAAUUAAAUCAGGGUGUCUGAAAAUGUGGAGCAUACACUCAGGACUGUUUGACUUGCAUUAUUUUCUGGAUUGAUGCAUAUAUUUAGGGAAUGGAGCAAAAGUGGAUUUGUUGCUUCUUUAAUAAUAAUAUGUGAAUGUCAGUGUACUUAAUUCUGAUUAGACUAAAGAGUACAUGGUCUCUCAAAGCAUAUGACCGCUUGUUCAUUAACACCGUAUAGGAUUGUAUCUACUCUAGUAAGUGAAAAUGCAGACAUUCAUCCAGUUAGUUCUGUCUUGUUCACCUGUUUGAUUAUAAAACCCAAUUUCUUUUGCCAGCAGCCAUUAUAACAGCCACAGUGAAUCUAAUGAAUUGAGUUAUGUGGGAGUGACAGUGAUUAUUUUUUUUUGCGGGGAGAGGGCAAAUAACAUAGUUAUUGUCGUUCAUACUAAAUAAAUAAGCUAAAGUGCCACUUCACGGAUAGUUAAGAUUCUGCAAUUCUGUUCUGUCUAUCAAUAAGACACAGUUUAACAUUGAGUUUAUUCAGGUGGUCCCUUAAAAUUUGGUUUGCAAUUUUUAUGCUUAAAAGGAGCUUUUUAAUCUUUUCAAAGUUUAUUCCCAUGGUUUUAUUCUCAUAAUCUGGUUUGAAUUUUUUUUUUCAAGUUUUCAAGCCCUCCUCCCCCCAGCUUCAGCUUACCAUAGAGGUAUAUUUUCAAAAUGUUGUAUUACAAGCACAGUUUCUGUUAUUGCUAGAAAAUAUACUCACCAUUCUAGUUAUAUUUUUGGAAUUCAUUUCAAGGUGCUUUGAGGAAAACAAAUGCCUCCUCAGCGUUGGAAUUAGGUCAGGCUUGAGCUCAGUCCGUCUCAGAAAGAUCACUAGUACUCACCCACCCUCACUGAGUUCGAGAUUUGAGCUUGCCAGGUUAGGCAGAUCAACUUUACCAGUGCUCAUGAUCAGACAGAAUCUUUAAAAUGUGUUUUCUGCCAAAAGCAGCCUUCAACAGUCUGCUCAGCCUGGGUAAAUUGUGUUUGGCAUCUCCUAUUUCAGAAUCAGGGUGAGCAAGGAGGUUUUGUGCCUGGGGUGCUAAGUUUUCAGGACCUGCUAGCAAGGCAGGCUUAGAAGUAGCAUAAAUAUACUUAAAUAUGGGCAACUGUAGUCCCUUAAAAUAUUCUUAAGGGUAAGAUUUAAUAAACUUACAGCAGGACUUCUGAAUGUUUGAGGAAUUACAUUUUCUAAAAAAAAGCUAUUGCAUUGAGUAUGGAAAAUAAUACACAGCUUAUAUCAUUAUUUACCCUUCGAACAACAGCUUUGGCUUCAUGGGUAAAUUAGAUAUAUUUUAUUAUUGUCCAGUAUAGGUUUUUAUUAAAUACAUUAAAUGGCAUAUCGAUAUCAUUCUCUUGCAGUCUUUUGUACCUGAAAAUCCCAUUGAUGUCAGUGGCAGUCCUGGUUGUUUGAAAGGAAGGAUGUAUACUUGUUGUAUGAACCAAUGUAAGCCAGGAAGCAUUAACUUCUUAUACUGCUCUGCCUUUUAAAAAUAUGGCAUGAAAUACAACAACCCUUGCUUCCACUGUUUUUUUUUUUUUUUUUUUUUUUUUUGUACAACUGUGGUGAUGUUCAAAUGUAGUUUCUUUUAUUUCUCAAUAAUCUAUUUAUAUUUUCUUUCAAGAAUUAAAAAAAGAAAAGAAAAUCUUUCCCCCUGAAUAGUAAGUAGCUAUAUGAUAGCACAUUUAAAAAAAUGGGCCUUCACAUUUAUGCCCUUGUGUUUUUAAGUCAGGUUACCAAGUCCUUCUAUUCAGUCUGAAAGAUUGGUUGUCAGUAUUUACUCUGGGAUUACAGAAAAUGAAUAAAUAUAUAUUGUGUUAAUAUUCAGUUAUUUGCACCAUCUUUUUCAUUCCUCCUUGAAUGUCUGAUAAAGCAGAGGUUACUUAAAGUAGCCUGAAUCUAUAAUGUUAAAGUAUUGUAACAUGAAUGUAUGUUGAAACAAUUCUAUCCAGUUUGUUGGUGUCUCUGGUUGAACAUAUUGGAUCUGUGACCUGUGACUUAAUAAAGCACCACCAGGGAUUAUGGAAAUCUUCGGGUACAGAAAACAAAUGUCUUUGGCUCUUGCUAAAUUCAAAUGUGCUUAAAUUACUUUUAAGGAAAAAAACCCUCCCAUAUCAUUGUAAGGAUGAAUCUUGCUUUCUCUUGAAAGGGAUCCUGAGAAUUUUUGUGUAGUAGCAGGACUAGGAAACUUGUAAGAUCAGUUCCCUACCUUCGUCUGAGCAUCUUGCUACAUCAUACUUUGCAUCUCCAAGUACUCCUAAAUCCCUUUCAAAACUGCUUGCUCCUUUUCUGCUUUCUAGGUUGUUUCAUUCAACCCAUGAAGUAUUUAUUUGGUGUGAACUGAUUUCUUCUUAGAUUUCAGCAAUGUCUUUUCUAAUUCUCUUCACAUGCAUUUUACUCUCUUAAAAAUAUGCAAUGACUCCUUUAAAAUAUACCAUUAUAUUUGACUAGUUUACUCAUCCUAAACCAUAGAACCUUUCUGGAGUCUUAUUCAAUUUUGACCCUUGAGGUUUGGUUUUGUUUGUGUUAGAACUCAUUUCAUUUUCUUUUCUCUAGUCAGUUGUAUAACAUCUGUUUUUUCUUCCAGGUCCCUGUGAUAUGUAUUGUCAUCCUCCCCUCUUCUUACUACCCCAAUUCUGUAGCAGGGUGUCACCUGCACCUGUCCUGCUUUUCUUCCUUUUUGUUAGCCAUUGUUCCCAGUGGUGAACAAAAUCUGUUACAAUAAUAUCAGUGGCAUUCAACCAAUCAUCUGUUUCUUCCCUCCCACAUAGUCCACUGAUUUCAGCUCAUAAGCACUUUCUGAAUUUGAUAUCUUUAUCCAAUUAACCAGCUGACUUCUGUACCAUAUUUGCUGGUCUUGCAAAUUAGUCUUCUGGGCCAAGAUCCUCCUCUGGAAAAGAUUUGAUUAGCUAAUUGACUUGAAUAGAAAUUGACAGAUUUAUACUGGUUUAAGAUCAACUCUUUAUAUGUUGUGUUUCCAUGUGAAUUCUAGCUCACUGUCAGUUUUCUAUAUGGUGUCAUUUCUUGAUCUGAAAUAUAUUUUUCUUUCUCCUUUAUUUCUGUAUCUCCAUUUCUGCCAUCCUGCCCUUACUCUUUUUUUUGUAAAAGUCAGAGAGAAUUGUUAACUCAUUCUUAACAGUACUCUUCCAUCUUACUCAAUUUUCAGCUGAGCUAUGAGCUCCAGGGCAAUACAUACUGGCCUUUAUAAUCAUGUUUCAUUCCUCUGCUUUUGAUAUUUUGUUGUUUUUUGCUUUUGGAGACACAACUUUGUUUAGCUUUCCAGCCCUCCUUGCUACCAAUUUCACAUCUUGCAGAUGCCUCUUUCAAGCCCUAAUUUAAUUUUUGUUCUCUCUCAUUCAUUCAAAUAUACUACUUCUUGGUUUUUUUCCCUUUCUCUGGAUUGCUAGAUGACAAACAUAGCUAUAGCAAAUUUGUUUCUGAACAUUUUAAAUUCUCCCUGUGCUAUCAUGUCCUCUUGUAUUUCUUUUCUCUUCUGGAGCAUUAUCUUAGUUGCAAGUAGACCUUUGGAUAGCACUUAUUAAAAUGAUUACAUUUGAUUAGCAUUUGGAUACGAUGUGCCAGUAGAUUUGAGUCCAUAAUUCCACUGGAGUGAAAUUUACCACUUGAGGCCUAUUAAAUCCUUAAGCCCCUUUUAAGACACAUACAUGGUAUUUUCAAGUAUUGCAUAGGCUGUUUUCGGUUCCCUUUGCACAGGGAUGAAUUCUAGUCUGAGAUGAAUAGAUGUGUCAUAUUCAUUCAGUUAAGCCAUUUAGACCAAAAAUCUAGUUCGUAAGCAUGAGAGAGUGCCAUUAAAUCAGUGAAGUUACACAGGGUGUUACUGCAAGGCAGAAUUUUAUGAUUAAUUUGGGGGGAGGAGAAAUUUCACAGAAAGUUUAUCAAAAUGUUCUGAAGAUUUCUAUAGCCCCUUACUUGACUGUGCUAUGUGAAUUGUAUGCCCUGUCUGGUGGAUGCACUUGUAAAUAUUUGGACUGUGAUGCCUUAUAUGAGCACUUCACUAUAUUGAGGUUUUGUUACACUUAUGGAGUUACGUUGCUUAACAUUUUGUUGUCUUAACUACAGCAUGUGAUUUGAAUAAUGUGCUAGAACUUAAUUUCCUUGAUCAUUCCCCGAGUUAUAAAUUUUCUCUGGUUUUAUUAACUAUCAGUGAAAAAUUAGUUAACAGUUUAUGUACAUUUAUAUUUUUUGAAGUAAAGAAAGUUAAACGGUGCCACGAAUUAAAUGUAUUUUUAAAUAAAAA